CCCAAUCUUAGUAAAUAACGCAAAAAGCCACAACCGUAUCCCCGACUGAAACUAUAAUCAACAACUUUACUAAUCCGCCUACAGUAUACAUGAUAUUCUCGUUCAUCUUUAUUUCACAAUUUUGCAUAUUUCGUAUUGAAAAGCAAUAUAUCAUUGACAGAAAACUGCUGGACAUUGUAAACUAACAAGGAUUAAACGGAGGACUAUCGAUUUCAUUACUAUCAAACUUUUCUAGUAAACAUUUCUAAGUCACAUCUGUGACAGUAACCACAUCUGUUUUAUAUUACAAAGUGCUUUAAAAUGCCGCGGUUGUGGCGUGGUUUUCUUAUAUUGCUUGUUUUGAUCUCGAUUCAGAUGCGACUUUACAUAAACAGACUGAAUAGAGUUUGUUCAGAUGCAUCUCAUGUACCAAGAAAUGAAUGCUUUGUUAAAAGUAUUCGCAACAAAUUGGAAACAACACAUGUAGCUUUUCUUAAAAUUCAUAAAACGGCAAGUACAACAGUCCAAAAUAUAUUUCUCAGGUUCGGUCAGUCGAGAAAUUUGACUUUCAUUCUUGCUCAUGAUAAAGCGGAUCUUGCAGAAAUUGAUUAUUUACCAAACGUAAUCAGCGUAAAUAAAAGCUUAACUGAAAAGAACAUUGUUCCACCACCAAGCGGCAAACAUUACGAUAUGCUGUGUUGUCAUGUUAUAUAUAAUCGCGAUAGUUUUGACAGAUAUCUCCCCCAAGAUACGUUCUACAUAGGGCUAGUUCGAGAACCUAUUGAAAGACUGGAGUCUGCAUUCGCAUUUUUUGGACAUUUAAAAAGCACAAACCUGUCUGAAUAUGCUAAAACUCCAUAUCUAUAUCAUCACUACGUUGGCUCUAUGACUAAUAACAGAAUGUCUUUUGCAUUUGGAUUCCCUUUAAAUUUGUUUCUUAAAAAUAAUUCAUCAAAUGUCACUGAGCGGGACAAACAAUCAGUUAAGGACUUCUUAGUUAGAAUACGAUCUGAAUUUGAUUUGAUAUUAAUACACGAGCGAUUAAACCAUUCCAUAAUUUUGAUGAAAAGAAUGAUGAACUGGCACAUAAGAGAUGUGAUAUACAUAUCUAGAUUUAGUCGCUCAAGGCAUAAACGGACUUUUCUUCAAAGCGAGAAACAAAGCAUUAAAUCGUAUCUUUAUUUAGAUUAUUUGCUCUAUGAUUUUGCUUUGAAAGAAUUCAAUAGAAAAGUAGACCGUAUGUCUGACGACUUCCAUGAAGAGGUUAAUCAUUUUGCACAAUUAGUAGAGACCGUUUCGCUCUUUUGCCAUGCUGAAACAAUGAUGUCAAUGCAUAUUCCUUCUUCUAAGUGGGACGGUUAUUUCAACGUUACAAAAACAGACUGUGAUUUAUAUAAAAAAUCUGAAAUCGGCUUUAUCCGAGAAAUACGUAUGCGACAAUAUGGACGAUUGAACAUAUGAUAAAAAAUGUCUCUGUAUAAUAAGAAUGUGUUCAGAACGACGUUUACAAUCAUGUCUGACAAACAACAACAAUGUAAGAUUGUAACUGGAUAUUUCACUAUCACUACUGGGUUGAACGUCAUACCGACUUCGAACGGUAAAGUGGCAAGCGACUCAGAAUCAUUGACCGUAAACACUCGAGCAAAGAGAUAGUCUAGUUAAUUUAAAAACAUUCUAUUUAUCUUCAAACAAAAACAAUACAUGAAGUGUAAUAACUGAAGUAAUUUCGUUCUAAUACUAGAAUAAAGAUCUAUUGUAACUACAUCCAAAGAAAGCAGAUUGGCCUCAAUAUCAUUGCAUAUAUGUGUAGACGAAACUAAUUGAAGCAAAACAAAAGACAACGUAAAACGUAAAAUAAAUAUACUACUUAUAUGCAGUAAUGUUACUUCAGUGUCUGCAUAUAGCGUGAAGACACCCAUCUCUGUCAUUAGACAAAACUGUGAAAGGCAGGUCCUAAAUCCGAUUAUCUAAUAAAGAUUAUUUUUUUAGAUUUUAUGUGCGCGGAAUUAUCAGUCUUUAUCUAUUCGCACAAAUGUUUAAUACAUUAAAGACAAAUUUCAUCAUGCUAUCCAUUUUAACUUACAGAUCGUUCUAUUAAGGGAUUCAAGUAUGGUAGUAAUGUUUUAUUAUGCAUAUUUCAUGACAAAAGUUUCCUGUAAGAUCGACGUGUUUUCUUUAUAUGAUACAAUUAUUAUAUCAUUUGAUAUUGGUAUAUCAUUUGAAAGGAGCUCAAUUUUUUCAGAACAUAUUUUUUCAUUUCGGCGUAAAAUGGGAUGGAAUCGUGUGUUUGUGUCUGUCUAGUCAUUUUUUUUUCAUCCCAGGUCGGAUACCUACGAUGGUGAAACGGACACCAGAUAUAUCCCGGAAAGUGAUAUAUUUAUACGUGCUUGAAUUUUUACACGGUGAGUUUUUAUCAUGUCUUUUUGUCUUUUGUGAAUAUAUAUUUAUCAAGAUAAAAGGUAAUGGUAGAUUUCCAGGAAGCACAAAGCACCCCAAACACAGCCAUAAAGUCAUGCAUCGCAAAAUAGGCCCACAACAAAAAGAAGCUGUAACGAAAAAAUAUUGUAGACGGUUUGCUUCAAAAAUCCAACAAGUAUAUCUUUU